AUUGUCAUUUCUACCGAUUGUCAUUAGCCACGUUGCUUUUGGUAAAUAUCUGCCGGCACUAAAAGUUGGGUCCAAGUCACCAACACGACACCGUUUGGCUUAUCUUCCUUUCGUUCCCGGUUAAAGCUUCUGAAAAUUUUGGAAGGACUAUGCUGCAUGUUUGCAGAAGACAUUCCAAGCUGUGCUUAGCUCUCUCACUCAACCCAAUAUCCCAGUUCUCCUCUCUGAACCAAACCCGAAAACCCGAACCGAUUCGUCUGACUCUGACCAUUACCAAGCAAGCCUUCACCGCCCAGUUGCAAUCAUGCUCCUCACACCCAAACCUGCUCAAGCAAAUCCACGCCCUCAUUCUCACCACCGGAAUCUCCAUCAAGAACAGCCUCCUCACCCAUCUCAUCACCACCUUCUUAAUCUUGGGCGACGUUUCCUAUGCACGUAAGGUGUUCGACGAAAUGCACAAGCCAAGAGUGUUUCUAUGGAACACCAUUAUCAAAGCGUACGUUAAAUACCAAGACUUUAUGGAGGCUGCGGCUGUGUACAGAAGAAUGCAGCGUCUGGGUGUUCGCCCUGACGAGUUUACGUACACGUUUGUGGUCAAGGCGUGUGCUCAGCUGCCGUGGGCCGGGUGGGCUGUCGCGGCGCACGCGGUGAAAUAUGGGUUGGAGUUUGUUGUUGAAGUGAGGACUGAGUUGGUGAUAAUGUGUGUGAAAUACGGGGAGUUGGGUUUGGCGGAUGUUUUGUUCGGAACUAUGGUUGAGAGAGAUUUAGUUGCUUGGAAUGCUUUUGUUGCUGCUUGUGUGCAGAGUGGACAUGCUGCAAAGGCUCUUCAUUUGUUUCGCCGGAUGCGUGUGGCUGGAGUGGAGCCUGAUGCUGUUACGGUUGUGAGUGCUUUUUCGGCUUGUGGGCAGUUAGGAUGUUUGGAGACUGGGGAAGAGAUUGAUGGGGUUAUGAGACAAUGUGGGAUUGUUUGCAAUGUAAUUGUUGACAAUGCGCGGCUUGAGAUGUAUGUCAAAUGCGGUAGCGUGGACAUGGCUGAGGCUUUGUUUGAGGAUAUGCAUCAGAGAAAUGUUAUUUCCUGGAGCACUAUGGUAUUAGGGUAUGCAAUAAAUGGGGAGAGCCGCGAGGCAUUGGAUAUGUUUUCGAGGAUGCAAAAGCGAGGAGUUGCACCCAACCAUGUCACGUAUCUAGGAGUUUUAUCCGCAUGCAGCCAUGCUGGGCUGGUGAAUGAAGGCAAAUCUCAUUUUAGGCGCAUGGUGCAAUCUGGUGACAAGAAUAUUCAACCGAAAAUUGAGCACUAUGCUUGUAUGGUUGAUCUCCUUGGUCGGUCAGGACAUCUUGAGGAGGCUUAUAACUUCAUAAGAAGUAUGCCAAUUGAACCGGAUACCGGGGUGUGGGGAGCUUUAUUGGGUGCGUGUGCAAUCCACCAAAACGUUGAACUGGGUCAGCAUGUAGCUGAUUUUCUUUUUGAAUUAGCUCCUGCUAAUGGUUCAUAUCAUGUCUUGAUGUCAAACAUGUAUGCGGCUGCUGGAAGAUGGGACUGUGUUGACAAGGUGAGGCUCAAAAUGAGAAAAGGAGGUGUUAAGAAAGUAGCUGCCUAUAGCUCAGUAGAGUUUAAUGGAAAAAUCCAUAUAUUUUAUGGUGGUAACAGAUUGCAUCCAGAAUCAUCAGAAAUAUAUGAAAAAUUGGAGGAUUUAUUAAGACAAGUGAAGAAUAUAGGUUACACUCCAAAUAUCACCUCUGUGUUUCAUGAUGUGGGCACAGAGGAAAAGGAAGCCACACUCAGUCAUCACAGUGAAAAGCUUGCCAUUGCAUUUAGUCUUCUAAAUCUACAGCCUGAAUGCCCCAUUAGAGUGGUGAAGAAUUUACGGAUAUGUGAUGACUGCCACAGUUUCUGUAAAUUUGUCUCCGAAGCGACCAAAAGGGUGAUUAUCAUGAGAGAUAAAAUCCGUUUUCAUCAUUUUAGAAAUGAAUCCCCACUGAGCUGAUAAUAAGUGUUGUGCCUACUGGGAUCAACUGUCUGAGAUAUAUUGCAGAUCGUAUGCGAAAUUGCCGCAACAUUGAGAUAACGUACUCUAAUUCCCCAUCAUGAUUAUUCACCAGUUGUUCACUGUGAUACAAGGGGAAGCAAUGUCAUUGAAAAGAUAUCCAAACUCAUGUAAAAGGGGCAUCUACAAUACUAACCCAAGAGGCAGGGAUAAAUCUGACAAUGUGCCAUUCCUAAUCUAGAUUGUUAGUUCAAGUACGAUUUAUUUCAAAAAUAUAUCAAAUGUUCGUUAGACAAUAUAUCUUUGGCAUAUUUACUUCAGAGGUUGGUACAUAAAUUGCUGAAGAGAUUUGUACAGAUAUUGCAUAAUGUUACCGGAUUGUUUGACUAGAUUAAGCUGUCAGAUGAACUUUUUCGUGCAAAUUAA